AUGUAUCUUUCCGGAGAUGCCCAUCGCCGCCUCCUGUCACUGCACCGCAAGUACGGCCCAGUUGUGCGAGUUGCUCCGAAUGAGCUAUCCUACAACCACCCAGAUGCAUGGAAGGAUAUCAUGGGCCGGCGGCCAACGCCAGCAGGCGAGAACGGAAGGGACCCUGCCUUCUUUUCCAAGGACAUCCUGAACAGCAUAAUUGCCGCGGACAAGCAGAACCACAGCCGGAUUCGCCACAAUCUGUCGCGCAGUUUCUCCGCGCAGGCCCUGCGAGAGCAGCAGGGCAUCAUACAGCACUAUGUUGACCUUCUCAUACGCCGUCUACGGGAGGAAUGCGAUAAUGGCCGACAGGCCAUCAACUUGGUCCGUUGGUUCAACUACACCACAUUCGACGUCGUCGGAGACCUCGCGUUCGGGGAGCCGUUUCACUGUUUGGAUGCUGCGGACUACGUCCCCUUCGUGGAGCUUGUGUUCCAAAGCAUCAAGAGCGCGGCAUUUCUGUUCUGCGCGCGGAGAUACCCUCUCGUCGAGAGCCUUCUCAUGUGCUUGAUCCCAAAAGACGUGAGAAGAAAACUACAGGACCAUUACGACUGGACACAUGAGAGGGUCAAGAGCGUCCUUGGCGCUGAGAAGACUCGCCCGGGCUUUAUGGAGGCCCUGGCGGGCAAGGGCAGCGAAGCGGGCCAGGAAAAACUUACAAUGGACGAGGUCAUGGCGACGUCCAACACCCUGAUCGUGGCUGGUUCAGAAACAACCGCCACUGUGCUAUCCGCGGCGGUGUACUUACUGACAUCGCAUCCCCGAGUUCUGGAAAAGUUAGAGGACGAGAUAAGAUCAAGCUUUAGCUCAGAGGAGGACAUCUCAAUGCUAAGCGUACAGAAGCUCCAGUACACCCUCGCUGUUCUCGACGAAUCCAUGCGCAUGUACCCAGCCGUGCCAACUGGGCCUCCUCGUCUGAUUGCCAAAGGUGGUGACACCAUACUCAAGCAAUAUGUUCCGGAAAACACGGUGGUCUCGGUGUGGCAGUGGCCUCUGUACCACAAUCCCGAUUACUUCACGUUGCCAAACUCUUUCAUCCCCGAACGCUGGACUGGGGAUGAGAGAUUUUCCAGAGAUGCAAGGUCUGCUUUUAUGCCAUUCUCCCACGGACCACGAGAUUGCCUUGGAAGAAAUCUGGCGUACGCGGAGAUGCGCCUCAUACUAGCUCGACUCAUUUGGAACUUUGAUGUGAGAUUAGCCGAGGAAACUUGGGGCUGGGAUGAAAGGAGCAAAGUUUUCCUGCUCUGGGAGAAGGGGCCUGUCAAAGUUUACUUGAAGCCACGGUAA